CACCCGCAGCUGAGGGCGGCCCCAUGCCGGGCUGCGGGCACUGCCGGCCGCACCCCCGGGCCGGAACGGGGCGGAGCGGAGCGGGGCGGCGCGGAUCAUUCCGGCGGCGGCGGCUGCGAUGGCGGCGGGCGGAGCGAUGCUGCGGGCGUUGGGAUUCGCCGCCCUGCUGCUGCCUGCACUGCACCGCGGGGAGCAGGGAUCGGCCGAGAGACGGUGCUUCUGCAAGGUCACUGGCCAUUUAGACGACUGCACUUGUGAUGUAGAAACCAUCGAUGCCUUCAACAACUACAAGCUGUUUCCUAGGCUGAAUCGACUCCUGGAAAGUGACUAUUUUAGAUACUACAAAGUAAACCUGAAGAAACCGUGUCCAUUCUGGAAUGACAACAGUCACUGUGGAAUAAGAGACUGUGCUGUAAAACCCUGCCCAUCUGAUGAAGUCCCUGAUGGAAUCAGAUCUGCAGGUUACAAGUAUUCAGAGGAAGCCAACAGCCGCGCUGAAGAAUGUGAAGAAGCCAACAGACUGGGGGCUGUGGAUGAGUCGCUGAGCAAGGAAACCCAGCAGGCGAUGCUGCAGUGGACGUGGCACGAUGACUCUUCAGACAGCUUCUGUGAAGCUGAUGACAUCCAUUCUCCUGACGCAGAGUAUGUGGAUUUACUCCUGAAUCCUGAGCGCUAUACCGGCUACAGAGGACCAGAUGCCUGGAAGAUAUGGAACAGUAUUUAUGAAGAAAACUGCUUCAAGCCUCAGAAUGUGAAAAGACCUUUGGCAUCCGGUGGAGGAGACGAUGGAGGUGAGUGCUCCUGUUUCUACCCAUGCCACAAACAGGUCUUUGUGUUAAAAACACAAGUACUGGGAGGCUUCAGGAUUCAUGGCGUAGCGGUGGUCAGUGUGAAACACUGCCUUGUGUCACUGUACACAUAUGUUCUGUUUCUUUCUAAUAAAAAUACCCCCUCCUCACACUUAGCAGUAAAGAAGAGCAAUCUGUGGCCUUUGUUUCCCUGUAAGUCACAGCAUCACGCAGUGCUUUUGCCCCCUGCCAGCUCUUGCCCUGAACAGAAUGAACACGGUUGGAUUUGGAUGAAUACAUGGAAGAAGAGCUGGUUAGUGCAUAACCGUGAUCAGUUUUCAUCUCUUUUCCCUCAGGAGGAAGUCAGGCUACACUUCAAGAACAUUUCUAAGAUCAUGGACUGCGUUGGCUGCUUCAAGUGUCGCCUGUGGGGGAAGCUGCAGACACAAGGCCUGGGCACGGCAAUGAAGAUCCUCUUCUCUGAAAACCUGAUAGAGAAGAUUCCUGAGAGCGGCCCUUCCUAUGGAUUCCAGCUGACGAGACAAGAGAUCGUGGCUCUGUUCAAUGCCUUUGGAAGGAUUUCAACAAGUGUCAGAGAGCUGCAGAACUUCAGGGACAUCUUACGAAGCGUGCGGUGAAUCCAGCAGAGAAGGACUGAAGUUUUCCUGCUCCUUCCUGGGUCCUUCAGCAACAGGCAGCCACCUCAAUCCCGCUGUGCUCUGAGCACUGCAGGUACCUCGAGCUCCUGCUGCCAAAUAUUUUGUACAAAACCAAAUCCUGUUGUUUUGUAUAAAAGCGAGGGCUGGACGUAAAGCUGUUUUAUACAGAUUAUUCUGAAUGACUUCUUUAAAUGCUGCUGUACUGGUUGGAGGGGUGAGACCACUGCCUUUACCUUCAGAGCUGAAGGUAGAGCCUGAAUAAAGCUGGGGAAGAUUCCUCCA